AUGUCGUCUCCCCAGCCCCAAAGACCACGCGCCCGCCGAACUCGGCAGAACAGACUCCUGAGCGAACACGACGCAGAUGUUCCGCCGCUGCCAUCCGACGUGGGCUUAGCCACGACGGGAACGGGAGGCGUCAGGGUCGAGAGCCGGCGGGGACUGAAUGCGGCUACCGGCUGCCUCUGCGACCAGCCCGGGGCGCGUCGCUUGGGUGAGUGUGCGUCGACUCGGGGGAUGCCUCUCUGGCUCACUGUGCAAAUGACAUCCCGCAGCGAAGUAGGCUUCACCAGUCUCUGUCCGGGAGGGCAAGAGAAAGAGAUCAUUUUUGUGCAUGCUUUUAAUUGGGAUAAGAAGGGGCUUACAGGGAAACAAGCUAACUUUGAGCGGAAGACAGUGUACCAGAGGCAUGUCCGAACACCAAGCUUGCUGGCCAAAAGCAUUUUGGAAGGUUAUCGUCCCAUUGCAGCAGAUCCCUACCUUGGAGGGAAUUCACCCUUGCCGCCUCCUGUGAGUGACAGGAUGAGAAAAAGACGAGCUUUUGCUGACAAAGAACUGGAGAAUAUCAUGCUUGAAAGGGAGUAUAAAGAAAGGGAAAUGAUGGAAGCUACUCAAGCUGCUGCCUUUUUUCUGCCAAACCGUAUGGGGCAUGGGUCUGAAUAUAACUCUUAUAAAACUGCCUUUAGCCCUAAUCAGAUUGAAGCUUCCAAUAAGGAGUUUUGCAACUUCUUGCCAACCUGCCUGGAUCUAACAAUGCAGUAUUCAGGUUCAGGGAACAUGGAACUGAUUUCAUCAAAUGUGAGUGUAGCUACUACCUACAGGCAGUACCCUAUACCCUCUAGGCUUCUGGUGUGGCCCAAGUGCGGUCCCCUGAAUGAUGCCCUUCUCUAUCAACAGUGCCUUCUAAAUGCUACCACAGUCCAAGCCCUCAAACCUGGGGCAGUCUGGGACUCCAAAGCGUCACAAGAAACUCAACCAUCUCAAAAUGAACUCCAACAGACCCCUCAGGAGAAUCGUGAGAGAUCAGCCUUCUCACCUCCUAUGAGGACUUUCUCACAUAUCUCUGAAAAGGAUUCUCUGGCUGCUCAAGAACACUCCCUCAGGAAGAUCAACAAAGAAAGUAUCAAACCACAUCUGCCACCCCCGCUGAAAUAUAGCCCAUUCCAUUCAUUAUUCCAACAGGCGUUACACAACAAAUCGGGGCCUGAAGUAAAAACAUUCGAUGAGGCAUCCAAAAAGUACCGAGAAUUUCCCAUCAAAGAAAGUCAAAAAUACAAAUUUGCCAUAGACAGAUAUGCUAAAGACUUUUUGGGGACCAAACAAAUUAUAACAAAACUCUCAACAAAUGAGCCCCUGUCAUUUUCAGUUGAAUCCAUUCUCAAACGACCGUCUUCGAUGGUCACCAAUGUUACCCAAUAGUUGGAUAAUGCAAUCCUCAAAUGACCCACAGUAGUGUAUUUGCACUUAAGGAUGUAAUCCUAACCAUUUUUACCAGGAACUGAAUCAAUUUUGAUUUAGUGGAAAUUACUUUUUAAAUGUAUUUAGGAUUGGUAUGCAUAUAAUUUUAUGCUGCAGUCCAAAAUUUACAUGGAAGCUACCUUUAUUUUGUUGGGAAUUAUGUUUAAGUAAAGUGAUUUAGGAUUACCACUAAAGUUGCCAACAUGUCUGGAGAACAAUUGGAUGUGAUUUGCUAGGUGAUGUUAUUUACUUCCAUGCCAUGAAAAACUUCAGCUGGCCAUUUCUACAUAUCAUGCAUAUACGGUAUUAAGGGACAAAGCAUUUGCCUGUUGGCAGCCCCAGUGACCACUGAGGAUUGUUUUAUUAACCUCAGAUGAGCUCCAUAGUGCUAAUAUAUUUUAGAGCAAAUACCCUUUCUUAAAGGAUUUGUAGAUUGGUUGGUUCUCACAGUUGUCAUCCUCACCAUGUAUUAUUUAUAAAGACACUAAUAUACUUGGUGCUGUACAGAAAUAAAAAUAACAUGUUUCCGCCUGCAGAUCUGAGGCAAAAGAAGAGGGGACUUAAGGGGAAAAGAUGAUUUCCAUGUUCUUUAUAAAGUUGCUAUCCCUUUCCUUACCAAAAUUUUGUAUAAAAGAGUUCAGGAUGUAAAUCUUUGUUUUAAA